UACAAACGAUCGACAAUGAAGUUACACGUAUCAUUUUUGGGUCUCCUCAUCUUUCUGUUUGGCCCUUGUGUCAACUGUAAGAUAAAUUAUUUUGCAGAGUACUACAGCAGCUCAAUUGUAGGUCUAGUGAAGCUGCUAGAUAUUGAGAACCAGUUCGUGCUUCGAAUGAAAGAAUAUGCCGAGGCGCAGGAACAAAAGCUGGCAACGCUGAAGACUUACCUGAAGAUCCUGGAACGCGAGCGACUUCAAAGCACAAAAGAACAAAAACAGUACCUCUCCAGUCCUCUGCAUAAGUUUUCACUCAUUCGACGGUUGCGCCAGGAUUGGCCCACACUGCAGAAUUACACAAAGCAGGAAGUGGGCGCAGAGCAACUGCAAGCCAUGACAGAGCUCUUGGCCAAGGCGCCCGACGAGGACGACUUGCAAGAAAUGCUGAAGGGAAUUGAUCGCAUCGAGUACUUCUAUGACCUCAAUCCGAUUGACAUGUCACUAGGUCGACUGCAAGACAGGGAAUUCGGUCAAACGCUUUCCAUUCGCGACUGUCUGGCUCUGGCCCAAUUCAAAUAUGAGAAGAAGGAUUACGGAGGAGCGUUCGCCUGGUACAGCAUCGCACUGAAGCGGGAGAGGGAGCCAAAGUCCUUUACCUAUGACAAACUGCUGGGCCGUGCACUAGAUGGCGUGCGUGAACAAUUUGCCAGGACGCGUCUGCUCAAAGUCAUGACCAAGGAGGAGCCCUUGCUGAGUGACACACAACUGCGGGCCGAGGUCGACAAGAUUCUCAACAGAUCGGCUUUAGUGGAGCACUUUGUGAACGAUUUGCUGGAACGGGAUGAUGAAAUAGUAUCGCAUAAUAAGCAACUGCAAGAGCCGUACUAUUUGGGUUGUCGCGGAGGCUAUCCCAAGCGCACGAAUCUCCAUUGUCGCUACAAUACGACGACUACACCUUUCCUCAGGCUGGCCCCGUUUAAAAUGGAGGAAGU